AUGCUCAUGACGACGCGGUCUAUCGAGCUCGCUGCCCAGCCAACGUACCUCGACAGCAGCUCAUCGGACCACGCGAGUCUCGCGGUGCUCCGAGCCAUUGGCGUCUCCAUCGCCGAGUGCUCUUCCAGCUCGACUUUGAGCGCAGGCGACUUCGUGGUGGACGUGACGACGGACGAAGCGCUGCAGAACGAGCACUCGAGCGCGCGUGACAUCGUCUACAAGGUCGUGACUGGCCGCGUGUUCCUCGACGCUCGGGACUCGGCCGACUGCUGGGUCCGCUGCAAUCUGAUUGAGGGCAUGGAGGUUACGCUGAGGCCGCAGACGCUGCGCCGCUUUGUUCCUGUCACGGGUAACGCUGUGCAACUGGUGGAAAGUAGAGACGGACCGCGGAGUCUGCUGCCUCGCUACACUCGACCGACCGAUGCGGCAAAUCACUUGACGCUAGUGGAUGCCAGGGCAAGUCGGGAGCUCGUGUGUGAGCUCUGUCGUCUGUACUACACGACGGGGUGGAUGAUGGGCACGGGCGGCGCCAUGAGUCUACGGCACGGAGAACGCAUCUACGUGACACCGUCAGGUGUCCCGAAAGAACGGCUGCAACCAGAGGAUCUGUACGUACUGGACCUUGCUGGCAACAUCCUCUCGUACCCGGACGCGAAAGCUGGCAAGAAACUCCCCAAGCUGUCAGACUGCGCGCCGCUGUUCCUGCACGUGCACAAGGUUCGCGCGGCUUCGGUUGUGCUGCAUAGUCACGGCAUCACGUGCAACUUGGCGGCUGCGCUGUGCGAUGGCAAGAGUGAGUUCCGCAUGUCGCAUCAGGAGAUGAUCAAGGGCAUUGCUGGCCACGGGUAUGCAGACACCUUGGUUGUGCCUGUGAUUGACAACGCCCCGAAGGAGUCUGCGCUUGCAGAGCCCAUGGCGCAGACUUUGGAGGCGUACCCCAACACGCCUGCUGUGCUUGUUCGUCGUCACGGUCUCUUCGCGUGGGGUGACUCGUGGGAGGCUGCCAAGCGCCAUGCCGAGUGCCUCCACUACCUGUUCGAGACGGCGAUUGAGAUGCGCAAGCUCAACUUGGACUUCACAGUUCCUCCUGUGUCGGCCGUUGCGAGCAACGAUAGCUCUCUGGAGGGCGUGUGCGCUGGUGAGUCGAGCAGCAGCAAGCGGAGUAUGGCAGAGCAGCACAAGGUGGUGAUGCUGGACAUUGAGGGCACCACGACACCCAUCACUUUUGUCCACGAUGUUUUGUUCCCGUACGUGACGGCCAAUGUUGCUCGCUUCUUGGAACAAACGUGGGACUCAGCCGACACGAAAGCGGACGUCGCAGCGUUGAUCGCUCAGCACAAGCAGGACGAGAUCGAUGGAGUGAACGCGCCUGCAGUGGACGGCCAGCAAGGCAAAGCAGAGCUCAUUGACGCUCUCACUGCUUACGUCAAGUGGAACGUCGCGGCUGACCGCAAGAUCGGACCGCUCAAGCUACUGCAGGGUCACAUGUGGCUUCAAGGCUACGAGAACGGCGAGCUCAAAGCGCUAGUGUACGACGAUGUUCCUCCGUGUCUUGAGCGUCUGCGCGCCCGUGGUGUGCGCGUGGGCAUUUACUCGUCCGGCUCGCGCCAGGCCCAGAAGCUGCUGUUCCAGUAUUCCGACAAGGGCGACUUGCGUGAGUAUCUGACCGUCUACUUCGACACGAGCAUUGGUCACAAGCGCGAAGUGAGAAGCUACGGGGAAAUCGUCCAGAGUCUUGGCGUCGAUACUGCCAAGGACGUGCUGUUUGUAACGGAUGUGAUUGAAGAGGCUGAAGCGGCACACGCUGCUGGACUCGACACCGUUUUGUCCGUGCGUCCGGGCAACAAACCGCUGCCAGAGUCCCACCACUUCCCCACAAUACGCUCGUUCAGUGAGCUCUGA